GGCCUGCACCUUGCCGCAGACGGAUCCUACGACAGCCGAGGAUACUCGGCUUUGAUCGGGAAAGUUGUGCUGGCGGAGGCGCGUACUAAGCUUGUGCUACAUACUGAGGUGCUGCACCGAUCGGAGACGGGUACGACGUCUGAUGGAUUGAUUACAAGCAUUAGUACGCGCAUGGAAGUUGAAGGAUUGCGGCGACUUAUGCGGUGGGUGCAGGCUCAAGGCUUGCAAAUCGGGUCAGUAACAACAGACCGAAGUAGAGCGCUCGGGGCGGCGCUGCGAGAGAUGGAGCCGCAAAUAGGAGCGAUUCCUCACUACUACGACGGGUGGCAUCUAGCAAAGUGGCUAGGAAAUGAAUUGAGGAAGGUCUCCAAAUUAGAUGGAUGUGACGAAAUCGGCGCUUGGAUUGAGAAGUUGAAAACCCAUCUAUGGAAUGCCAUCGAAUACGCUGCCGAUUCCAACACUGACGUCCGGGCCAUCUUCAAUACUUGUCUCAUGCAUGUAAAGGAUGUUCAUGAGUGGCCACUGGUGAACAUAUUCAUCAUUCUACUUGCCACGUGGUUUUCAGCUUCGCAGACAAUUUCAGGACGUCCUGACGGGUCCCUACACUCGCUGCAGUCACGGACCACUGGGGGAUUCGCGAAGGGAUUUCUUUGUUGCCGGGAGUAA